CAAAAUCAUGUUUGUAAACUGUGAUCCCGAUCAUGAUUCCAUAUGAGCUGUCUCUCAGAUCUUAGUGGGAUCAGUUCCAAACCCACAUAUGCUCAGAUCCUUAUAGCCUCUUCGGUUGGAUUAAUGGUCGCUGCUGCGAUGCAUUAUCGGCUGAAGAAAAUACGUGACAACAGGAUCAUACCGAAGAUGAGAAUUCCAGAAUCCGGGCAAGUCGUUAAGCUCGAGAAAUUCUCAUAUUACGUAGCUAGACAAAUGGGAUUUGCAGAUAGAAGGCAGUGUCCGACCCUGUGCAAGUUAGCUUCUGAAUACCUUAGGAAAUCAGAAGGGUGUGAGGAAGAGAUAUAUAACUUCUUUGCCUGCGAGCAAGAGGCCGAUUCGCUCUUCAUAAAGCUGGUGGAAGAGUUUGAGAGGUGCAUUCUCAGUUACUUUGCCUUUCACUGGUCCCAAGCUCCUUACAUGGUCAGCCAGGUACCUAUUAACAGGAACAUCCAUGUUCCUUGCACAAUAAUGUCUCAGGUGCUGAGUACUGAUUCCGAGCCCAAAAAGAAGCUCAAGCACAUUGUGAUGGCAGCCACAAGGGAACAGAGGAUUGAAAGGGUAACCAAGAACUUGAAAGUUGCAAGAGUAUUCACAACAUUGGUGGAGGAGAUGAGAGCCAUUGGACUGGUAUCUACUGAUGAUUCACGGUGCACGGAUGUGAUGGUUCCUAUGGCUCACAAAGACAGAAGUCCGGUCCUCCUCCUUAUGGGGGGCGGGAUGGGGGCUGGGAAAAGUACAGUGCUUAAGGACAUUCUCAAAGAACCAUUCUGGGUGGGGGCAUCAGGAAAUUCUGUUGUAAUAGAAGCAGACGCCUUCAAGGAGUCAGAUGUCAUCUACAAAGCCCUAAGCUCUAGUGGCCAUCAUGACAUGCUUCAUACUGCUGAAUUGGUGCACCAAUCAUCUACUGAUGCAGCAUCAUCCCUCCUAGUAACAGCACUCAAUGAAGGACGAGAUGUGAUAAUGGAUGGCACACUCUCCUGGGUGCCAUUUGUUGUACAAACAAUAACGAUGGCCAGAAAUGUCCAUCGAAGGCGUUACCGCAUGGGAGCAGGUUACAAGGUUGAUAAAGAUGGAGUUGUCACUGAAAAAUACUGGGAACAGAUAGAUGAAGAACAAGAGAGUAAUGGAUCCAAAAAGAGAAGACCAUACAGGAUAGAGUUAGUUGGAGUCGUAUGUGAUGCUUAUUUGGCUGUUGUUAGAGGCAUAAGGAGAGCCAUCAUGUGUAGAAGAGCAGUCAGGGUGCAAUCACAGUUAAGAUCACACAAGAGAUUUGCAAAUGCAUUUACAACGUAUUGCCAGUUCGUAGACAAUGCCAGAUUAUAUUCCACAAAUGCUUUAGAAGGACCAGCCAAGUUGAUAGGAUGGAAAGACAAAGACAAGACCCUAUUGGUAGACCCAGAGGAGAUAGGUAUUUUAAAACUCGUAGGCAGAUUAAAUGAGGAAGCAGACUGCAUCUAUGAUCUCUACAAACGCCCACAUCCAGCUUGUGAAAGAGGGUCAAUUUGGAAAGACAUAGUUUUGUCACCUUCAAGGUUGAACAUACAAAAAGAGCUGAAGUAUUCAAUCCAGAAAAUUGAAAGGUUGAGAGAGUAAGCUAACCUACAACUGUGACUCGUUGAAGUGCUUAAAGUUCAUGAAUCUUGACGUUAAGGUCAACAGGAUUUUGUUUCUGGCUGGCUCUCAAACAAGCAACAAUUAUGUUGGGUAUAAAAUUAUUUAAGCUUGAAUGUAAUUGUACUUUCCCUUUAACGUUCACGGGUCACUUGAGGAGAUGAAAUGUGGAAAUUGGAAAAUCUUCUGAGGCUGCUUGUUAUUAUGAGGAACAAAUCAAAAGCGCAAAAAGCAACUUCUAGCUUUCUUUUAGGUACUCAAUAUGUAUCUCUUGAACAGUUGGGCCAUGGCAGGCAUAGAGCAAUCACUGAUCAUUUGAAGUUUGUCAUAAAAAGCAAAAAGCUUCCAUCCCAGGAUAUGUAUUCUGGCCAAAAACCAACACCAGAAUCAGUGCUAUUGUACUUUAUUCAAAUUGGGAAGAUGGUUCGGCAAAAGGGAGUUGAACAGUCAACCUUUUUUGGCG